AUGCCGCCCCUUCUAUUACGAUCACGUCUACGGUUAUGCCUAAGCCGCCGCGCAAACUUCCACACCGCACGUCCAACCCGCUCAAAACUCGACACAGACGCUCUCCUCUCAACACCAACCUGGUCCCUCCACACCUUGCUCCCUUCCUCCUCUUCUACCACAGCCACACCAACAAUCACUUCAAAACAACUACACCACCUCCUCCGUCUCUCCGCCCUCCCACCCCCAAAAGACAGCUCCGAGGAACAANAAAUGCUCUCCUCACUCCAUCAACACCUCCACUUUGUCGCUGAGAUCCGCAAAGUCGACACUACAAACAUAACCCCCUUGCAAAGUCUACGGGAUGAAACCAGUGCUGGAAUCAAAGAGCAAGAGAUCGGGUUGGAAGAGCUACGGGAUGCAUUUGAGAAAGAGGAUAUCAAGNGGAAAUACUAUAAGAGGAUUAGGAGGAGACAAGAGGAAGCAGCAGAAGGAGAGAGUGCAAAGACUUGGGAUGUACUGGGUGCGGCGCAGAAGAAGGUAGGGAGGUUUNUUGUCGUCGAUGGUGGGAAGGAAGGUUAG